ACGCAGCCCACAAAUCACUUAGAUCUCGAAUUUUGAGCUCUCGACUCCCGCAACGCCGACACUUUCCCCGGACCAACACCACCAAUUGUGUCGACACCGGUCAUCUCGUCAAAAUGCUUAUUCCCAAGGCUGACCGCAAGGCGAUCCAUGAGUACCUCUUCCGUGAGGGCGUCAUGGUCGCUGAGAAGAACUAUGAGUCGACCCACGAGACCGGCAUCCGCAACCUUUAUGUCAUCAAGGCUUGCCAGUCUUUGACCUCGCGCGGCUACGUCAAGACCCAGUUCUCGUGGCAGUACUACUACUACACCCUCACCCCCGAGGGUCUCGACUACCUCCGCGAGUGGCUCCACCUCCCCGCUGAGAUCGUCCCCGCUACCCACAUCAAGUCCCAGCGGUCUCACGCUCCCCCCCGUGGCAUGCUCGGUGGUGAGGAGCGCCGCGAGCGCCCCUUCGGUGGCCGUGGCCGUGGUGACCGUGAGGGCGGUUACCGCCGCCGUGAGGCUGGUGAGGGUAAGGAGGGUGGUGCCCCCGGCGAGUUCGCUCCCCAGUUCCGUGGUGGUUUCGGUCGUGGCCGCGCCGGCCGCGGUGAGGCCCCUCCCUCGUAAAUGUCGGAAGGCGGAAUAAUCUCUCUCAAUCUUGGGUUGCCUGAACAACAGGCAUAAAACAGCAUGGGCACGACAUGUACUCUUAAGUCUUCACGAGAAAGAGUGAAAGGGUCGACCAGCAAUUGCACACCUACUCGCCGGGAACCGUGAGUGGUUUGUGAGGAGUUUGGUGGAUAGAGAUCAUUCGGAAAACUUCUGCAUUCAGGGUCAUCAUUUGCGGUCAAUCGAUUUCACUCGCGGCGUUCAUUUUCGUGAUUCUAUACCUCCAUCAAGAACAGCUUUCUGCACGUCUACUCUGGCCGAGUGCGUUUACGACGUGAUGACUUCGGAAAGGUGGAAGCUGGACGUGCAUAGACUGGAGGUUCGGGGAAAAACUACCAAGAGGCAUAGAGUUUGGCUCUCUAGGACAGAAACAGCCUUCAGAUAGCCAAUCCCAUGUUGUUUGUGUCGUAGGACAGACACUCGGGCAUUUACCAAAUGGUUUCCUUUCCCAUCAACACGGAGUGUGGCAGAGUCAUUGAUGAGUCCGCAUCUCUUCAAAGCAGGUUAAAACCAGGGGUCGUCUUUCGGGAAAGAGACUCCAAUAUAGCCGUAUUCACCAGCCUCAUCAGUGUCAUUGUUUACACCGGGCUGUUUACCCCUGAGUUCUUGGCCUGCAGUCAGGAGACAGUUCCAGGAGAUCGGACAGUUUUGAAUGAGAAUUGUUAAUUACCACUCCGCUCAUGGACGUAACUUACCGGUACGCAAAUACACAUACAUAACCCUGAACGUAAUUCCGUCAUUACUUGCCUGGAGUUCUCAUU